AACAAAGAUGGAAAUCAGAAACGUGAAUGAUAUGUCAAAAUUCAUCAUAGAAUCAGUAAAGACACUUAGUCAGAAAGAAGGAGUAAGUGAUAAACAAAGAGAAGAUGCCCUCAAGUUCUUAAAUGGGAUAAUGAAGGUCGGGUUUAAGUUUCCUGAAAACCUGCUAAAAUCAAUGUUCGAAAUCCUAAUAGCUCACAAUCUUUCAGAAACCCGACCAGAGUUUAUCAUUCUUGCCUCUGCGAAGACCUUCAAUCGUCUGAUUGACGAAGGGCCUAAACUCAUCACACAGAAGGAAGAUAAGAGAAUCUUGCUUGCAUUCGUGGAGAAAUUUAAGCAUUAUGUAAGAAAUUGAGAGAAAUACUCCAAAGAUGUCAUUGAAGAGUUCCUAAAAAUCAUGCUCAAAGUUAUCUCAUUGCUUGAUUAUGACGGAGCAGGCACGAUCUUUCCUCUCAUAUCUGUGACUGCUGUAAAAACACUCAUAUAUGUCAUUCCUGGGGUAAACGGGAUGAUCCAGAGUUAUUUAUUAAGGAUAUGGCAGAUCGCCUGACUAAAAGUCAUAGGUGAUAGCUCAUUCUUUAUGCAAAAAUACUUUAAAGAUGAAGCUGAAGAACAAAAGAUUUCAAACUCCUUAACUCUUGAGGAAUUUCUGAACCCUAAGAAAGAAAAUGUAAAUAUUGAAGAAGCUCGAACAAAGAAUCUUGAUAAGCCAUGGCUGAUGCAGUGAGCUAGUAAGGUGCAAGAUUGUAUGAGGAACAUUGAUAAUAACUUUCAAAAACUAGCUGAGAAAUAACAAUCUCAAAACUUUCAAUGCGCUUUCUGAGUUUGUAGAGCAUCUGAUAUCAGUUUGAAGUAACAUCUUUUUGUUCACAGAGAAUUAUGAGAUUUUCCUAACUUCAAAUGCAGUAUACAAUUAUUGUAGAGUACUAACGACUGAGUCACCAGAAGGAGAAGGGAUUAAACAUAGAGUAAACCUUCGGUCUCUUUUCCCUUCUUCAGAGUAUUUCAGCUCUAGAAAAUCAGCAAUCAUGUUGCUUCUAGAAUCUACUGUCCAAAACUUAUGCAGAAAAUUAAAGAAGGAGAAACACACAUUAUCUUUACUAAAGUUAGAGUCUUUAUUCAAGUAUUCCAAUGACUGAAGAUUUACCUUCAAAGAGGAGACUUUUAAAUAAAUUAUACAUCUCCUUGCUCACUCUUGUGGAAGUCAAGAAUACUAAAGUCACUCUUCUAAAGGAAGGAUCUGGACUUACAGAAGUAUUCGAUAAGACAAAGCUAGCCCCAACAGAGAUCGAAGAUGACAUUGAUUUAUUCCUCUGAAAUGAACUUACUUAUUUUGAGAACUCCCUCGAGGCAUAUUAUGGCCUUCAUAAGAUAUUCCUGCAAUUUCCAGUGGUGCUAUGAGGUCAGAUUUACUCACAGAUAGUGAAAGAUGUAGAACUUAUAGAUUCUGAUGAGCAGUAUUCUCAUAAAGCAUAUGGAUUUAUCAAGAAAAGCAGUCUUUAUUUUCUCCUGUCAUGCUUGAUGGGCAGUAUAAAGCAUGACCUUCAUGACCAAUGACUUGAAUUUGUGCUUGAAAAGAUGAAGGAUACCACAGAAUUAAAGUAUCCUGUCCAAAAGACAUACAUCACUGUGCUACUAAUGGUGUUGAAGAACUGAAUUAUCAAUACUGAUUCCCCAAAUUUGAAGCUAAAAUAACAAGAUUUUUACAGAAAUUUUCACUCUUUUAUCACACAAAUUUGACUGUGUGAAUAAAGCAGCCCUGCUUUGUAUUGAGCUUGUGAAGAGGCAAGAAGGAUGUAGCUCGAUUAGCCAAAUUAUUUCCUCAAGACACGGAGUGUUCUGGUCAAAUGUGUUUUCAUAUAUUAAAUAUCUUGAUUUGAUGAAUAAAAAUACCACAAAAAUUUACCUGAUUUUCAGGUCUCUGAAGACAUAUGGGUAUGUAAAUUUCAAAGAAAACCUCGAUGAUGUGAUUGAGUACUUAUCUCAAGCUAUUGAUCAUUUCUUGGAAAUCAAUGAUUGGAACUCACUCAUGGUGAUUUUUGAUUUGAUUGGUAUCACAAGUGAACUGAUCAAAGAUCACGUCACUGCUGAAGACAAGCAGUUUGCAAAUCUUGUAAAGAAUCUUCUACUGAGGAUUAAACAAUUCUUUACAGCUACAAGGUCUAGAAAAUUAGUCAGUAAAUCAAUCGACAUUUUCAAAAAUUGUAUCCCUUACCUCAGUGAUGUUGGAUUCUCUCUGGAAGAUGCUAAAAAUUUCAGUGAUGAGGACCCUGAAAAUACUCUUUUAAAUGACGGUCUUGGGAUCUUGGUGCACAAGUUUUAUGAAGAUCUCCUGUUCAUACUCAAGGAGAAGGAUUACUCUGCUCAAAAAUCUCAUUCUAGGAUUGGAAUGUCAUUCGAAGCACCUGGAUUUAGCAAUACAUCUAAUCACAUAAGUGUUGUGAGAUUCUUCAUUGAAUUGAAUAAAUACAGAAAAGAAUUCUUAACAAUUGGACAUAGGUACAGAGAUAUUUUUGACUGAAUGAUUGAAAGAUUCUCUUCAUAUGAAGAUUCUGACUCUUCUCUCCAAAACCAGCUUGUGAAAGAAUAUUUGGUCUUUUAUGACCAGAUAGAACUCCCUCAGAUUGAGGAAGGACAUGAGUAUCUUCAAAAGCUCGAGCUGAUAGAUUCUCUUGUUACAAAAGUGAGAGGGAUUCUAGAAAAUGUGAAAUAAUAACUUCAAUUUAUGAAA